UCCCCUCCCUCCCCUCCCUCCGCGCCGUUAAAAUGAAACUCUAGUGGCCAGAGCCGGAGCCGGAGCUGGGACUGCAGCCGGGCCGGGGCCGAGAGCGGGCGGCGAGCCCGGGGUGGCGUACGUGUGGGGAGCGGAGCAGCGCGGCCAGCCCCCGCGGGACAGCAAUGUACACGCCGCCGUGGGGCAUGGAGCGCGAGGACGGCGGGGAAGGAGAAGGCGAAGGCGGCGAGGGAGGCGAAGGCGAAGACUGGAGGGACGUGACCAUGCCCUACUCCACUGAGCUCAUCUUCUACAUCGAGAUGGACCCCCCAGCUCUUCCGCCAAAGCCGCCCAAGUCCUUGACUCAAGCCGGUGCCAACGGCCUGAAGGACAGUUCAGGGUUUUCCCUCCCUGACGCAGAGUGGUACUGGGGAGACAUCUCGAGGGAAGAGGUCAAUGACAAACUCCGGGACAUGCCCGAUGGAACCUUCCUGGUGCGAGACGCAUCCACCAAGGUGCAGGGAGACUACACGCUUACUCUGCGGAAGGGAGGCAAUAAUAAAUUGAUUAAGAUUUACCACCGGGAUGGCAAAUACGGCUUCUCAGACCCGCUGACCUUCGGCUCCGUGGUGGAGCUGAUCAAUCACUACCGCCACGAGUCUCUGGCCCAGUACAACCCCAAGCUCGACGUGAAGCUGAUGUACCCCAUCUCCAGGUACCAGCAGGAUCAGCUGGUGAAAGAAGACAACAUCGAUGCCGUUGGCACAAAGCUGCAGGAGUACCACUCUCAGUACCAAGAGAAGAGCAAAGAGUAUGACCGGCUGUAUGAGGAGUACACCAGGACCUCGCAGGAAAUUCAAAUGAAGCGGACGGCGAUCGAAGCUUUUAACGAGACAAUUAAGAUCUUUGAGGAGCAGUGCGCGACCCAGGAGCGCCAGAGCAAAGACUACAUUGAGCGCUUUCGGCGAGAGGGGAACGAAAAGGAGAUUGAGCGGAUAAUGAUGAAUUAUGAGAAGUUGAAAUCGCGUCUGGGUGAAAUUCACGAUAGCAAAAUGCGCCUGGAGCAGGACCUGAAGAAGCAGGCGCUGGAUAACCGGGAGACCGACAAGAAGAUGAACAGCAUCAAACCCGACCUGAUUCAGCUGCGCAAGAUCCGCGACCAGUACCUAGUAUGGCUCAGCCACAAAGGAGUCCGACAGAAACGACUCAACGACUGGCUGGGAAUCAAAAAUGACCACAUCGAUGAGACCUAUUUUAUGAAUGAGGAAGAUGAAAACCUGCCCCACUACGACGAGAAAACGUGGUUUGUCGGGGAUCUCAACCGGCUGCAGGCGGAAGACCUGCUCCACGGGAAGCCCGACGGAGCCUUCUUAAUUCGCGAGAGCAGCAAGAAGGGCUGCUACGCCUGCUCCGUGGUGGCCGACGGGGACGUGAAGCACUGCGUGAUCUACAGCACGGCGCGGGGCUAUGGCUUCGCCGAGCCCUACAACCUGUACGGCAGCCUGAAGGAGCUGGUCCUGCACUACCAGCACACGUCCCUCGUCCAGCACAACGACUCCCUCAACGUCCGGCUGGCCCACCCCGUCUACGCACAGCUGCCCUCCCACUGCAGAUAGACGCGGGCCGGGAGUGCGGCCGGGGCCGCGGCCGAGGGAGCCGGGGGCUUUUCUAGGGUUUUAUCUGCGGGACGACGGAGACGAGGAGGGCGACGAGGGCAUCCUUUCUACUUAGACUGCUUGUUUUGCACAAGAUGUGAUUCUGUGAAUGUGAAGCAGAGGGGCCUGGGGGCCGGCCGGGGGUCGGGGCCACCUCCGGCCGGACGCCGAGGCCGCCUGCGUCUGGGCUCUCGGCUGCGCCGCGCGCGGCUGUUUUUGUUGUCAACACCCAUGUGCGCUCUCCCCGAGGGGGAUAAACUGAGCACGGGGGACCGGAGGCAGACAGACACCGCAGAUGGAG